GGAAAAUAAAAUAAAAUUGCUGUUUGUUUGAACUCAACCAACGAAGUUAAAAUUCUCGCUUUAUACCGCGAGAAUAUGGAGGGCCAUCCAUCCACGUUUGUAUCCAUGCUGGAUGAGGUCUGUCGACGGUAUCCAGACAGAGAGGCUGUCGUGACGUAUGACGGGAAAAUGUCCAGAAAAUCCUUGACCUUUACAGAGCUCUGGAAUUUGGCAUCAAAGUACGCGCACGUGUUGAGACAGGCAGGUGUGAAGAAAGGCGACUACGUUGUCGUGUCCACCCCCCUAAGCCUUGAAUUCUGGGUGGCCAGUUUUGGCGUGUUACUUGCGGGGGGCGUCCACAUCUCGAUGGAGAAAUUGUUUAGCACUUCUGACAUCAUUGUCCAGACCGUGAAUUUGUCUCAGGCAAAAUUCCUCAUACUCUCAAACGACGAGGGCAGCGAAAUGUGGGAGAUCUUCAAACACGCGGCGAAGUUGGAUCCGGUGAACAGGUUCAUCGCCAGUGUCCGGAUGCGGGCCAUGCCGAGCUUGACGACGCUGUUGUUGACCAACAGACACGCAGCAGAUGACGUCACGUUCCUGGAGAGACUCGCCGACUACCGUGGGGAAUACCAGGAUCGAUCUGUGGGACCGGCAGACGGGGCGGUGGUCGGCACCUCCAUGCACCCCGACACCGUGGCGCGCCCCAAGCUGUGUGAGGUGUCCCACGGCGCCCUCACAGCCCAGGCUCGCGUCCUGGAUAAAGCUGUGCCGUGUGGCGAGAAAAAAAAAUCAGUGUAA